GCAAGUUUGAAGAAUUCAUGUCCAGUGAAACGCAGGGAUGGAACUCUUUUAUUUGUAGAUUUCGUUUCGAAGAACCGAAACACGCUGACUGGUUCGUAACCAAGUUUCUGCUCCAACAAUUCUUGUGGUGUCUUGUCUAAUCCUCUGGCUGACACAAGACGGACGCAACAAAUGCCUACUUCUGAAAACAGUUCAUGCUCAAAAGCCACAAUCUAUACUGACCUAUUGGCCAUGAGAUGCAGAAAAACAAUAAAGGGAGAUGUUGGAUUGGAAGAGAAGAUGCUCUACUCUGUUAAAGAACCUCACAUUCAAGAUAAGGGUCCUCUUUGCCUGUCCAUGGAUGGAGAGCUGAAACCGACUUCUUCAGAGCUUAAAGGAAGUUCCUUGGAUGUGGGUCCUGGAUUAAACUCUUACUUCGAAGCUAGCUCAGAGGAUGUGAACGCCCUUAGAGCCCCUGGGUGGGAACCACCUCCUAGUCUCCCAGCUGUCCCUCCUGCAGGCCCAGUAGGAGAGCAGCUAGGUGCACAGGAGCGGCUUCUCAUGGCCCAUCAAACAGAGAUAAAGCACUUGUUGGCAGGCACUCUGGGCUCACUUAGCCAGAGGCUUGAGGCACUUGAGCAGAGGAUGGAGGAGCUCUGUGCCCGAAGCAGUGUGCAUGGCAACAGUCUAGCCCUACUUCAUAGCAAAGUCAGCUGCCUGGGAAGAGAGAUUGGCAUUGUUUGUUCAAGCAUUCUCACUACACAGAGUGUGCCCUCCACAUGCUCUUAUGAAAUGGUCUCAGGUGAGGAAAAGGAAGACACUCUUACCUGUACUGUUGCUCCUGGUGGAAGUGAGGAUAUAGUGCUAGUUUCUUCUUCAUACAAUCCAGAUUCUGAUCAUAACACCCCAGACUCGAGCACCCUGAGCUUAUGUGGACAAGAAGAAACAUCUUCAGGACAGAAUGAGUGUUUGCAGGGAAACCGCACACCGUCUUUAAAUGUUGAAGAUCUGGAUCUGGAAGCUAAGAAGAAAUGGGUUGCACUGAAUUUUCUGGGAAAGUCUGAGCAGAAUAAAUCAACCAAAAUAGAUUUUCUGGAGGCACCAUGUUUUUCACAGCUGCUGCCCCCAGAGCCAGGACUACUGUGUCCCUGUUUUGAACAGUACAGUGCAUCUUGUCGGUGUGUGUGCCUAUCGGCACAGCCUGAGUUGCCAUCAUUUCCUGCUAAAGUUCUCAGAUUUUCAGGGGAUUUAGGCACUUUCAGUUCAUUUUUAGAAACAACAAAACAUAAGUUAGCUGCAAAACUGGGCCUCUUGACACCUUCCAAAACUGACUUGGAUGAAAGUAGCCCCCAUUGCAUAGGCCAGACUGCAAACUCCAUGGCUAUGCAAUUAAAGGCACAACACACUACUGAGAAACCCAAAGCAUGCCUUGUUAACUUGAUCAUGUCUCUGCCCAAUGUACAACAAGAGACCAUAGAAGAGGAUAAAACAAUAGUAGAACGAAAUGAGCAGCCACUUUCUGCAGACAUUUUUCAGUACUGUUGUUCUUUGUUUAAGAAGAAACCGUUCAUCCUGGAUAGCACCUUAAUUGAAGGAUACAGUUACAGUGAAAAUGCUGAUGGCACAGAAGAAUCUAAAAGUAAAGGUUCCCAGUACUUCACAAGCAAUGGUGUAAGGUUAAGAUUGCCUGUGCAUGGUAAAUUACCCAUUCUUGAACCAUAUUCUCAUUGUACAUUAGUGACCACAGUGGUACCACUUGUAGACAUUUAUAAAAUUUGCCAAAUGUCAGUGAGACAUUUUCCAUUAACUGAAAAUACACUGCCGGCUAUCAAAAAUGGUUUGUCAAAGCCACAACCAAAAAUGCUAUUUAACUGCACAACAAGUGACCUUCUGAAUCAACUUUCUGCAAUUGCCUGCAGACUGGUUCCCGAUAGGCCUUCUAAAGACAUUGUUUUAUCCCAGACUCAACACAGAAGGUUUUGUUCCAGGCUCAAACACUACCAUGGUAAGGACUAUUCUUCCUGUAGCUGGUCUUCACUGAAAGUUGUUGAAGUGCAAGAACAAGAAACGAACACUCUUAACCCCUGGCAGCCCCUCGUGAUACUUGGAGACCCUCUUCACCCAUUUCUUUCACAGCUGACUGGAGUUCUUCCCCAGACCUCCCAUCCAUCACCUUUGCUUCAGUUAUUUGAUAAAGGCCCUGCACACCGUCGAAGUCUCAAAAAGAUUUUUCAAACUGCUAAUCAUUUUCCAAUGUCGAUGCUGAGCAAAGGGAGCUUCUCUAGGGCAGCCCUCAGUACAGUGUUGGCCAUGUCCUCUCCUGCCUCCUUCAGACUCUGGUUCCACGAUAAACACCACAGCUGUCCCUUUACAUUAUCAUCGCCUGCUGUCAAUACAGUCAUGAGACAGAUUGUAGCCCAGGGAGAAUGUCACCCUCUAGGGCCCCUGGCUGACUACACUGGGCCACUAGAUCUUAAUAAUGAUCACUGGUGUUCUGGUCCUUGUCUCUGUUGCAUUGAUAGCUAUACUCGACAAUCCAAUCAAGAGGCUUCCCCUAUCAGGAAAAGUCUUUCAGCAUGGAAGUCACCACCAUGUCUUUCUACACAUCAGCUCACAAAGGCUCAUCUCAGCCCAGAGAGAAACUCUGAUCAUCUUGCACAUCUUGGCUCCAGUGCAAAGGCUGUGCGGGUGCAUGGGUCCCCUGCUGAUCCUGUGCUCAACUUUGCCAUGGUUGAUGGAAAUGUUAAUUACCACUGUCUACCCAUCCGGAGUUCAUCCCAAGAGAGCAAAAAGGUGGGUCUUUUUGGUGAUGAUUCAUCUGCACAACCAGGCCAACAAUCUAAAAAGGUUUCACAGAUUCGCAUUCGCAAGACUGUUCCGAAGCCAGACAAUAACCUUACCCCAAUGGGGCUCCCUAAACCAAAGAGAUUAAAAAAGAAGGAGUUCAGUCUAGAGGAGAUUUACACCAACAAGAAUUACAAAUCUCCAGUUCCUAACAGAAGUCUGGAGACUAUCUUUGAGGAGCCUAAGGAGAAGAAUGGUGCACUGGUGUGCAUUGGUCAUCAAAAAAGAAAACGUGUUUUAGACUUCCCAGAUUUUACAUUGCCACGAAAACGUAAAGCCAAGGCCAAUGUAGGUUCUCUACGCAUCAAGAGACCUCGGAGCCGGGCUCAUCGCGGUAAAAAUAAUGAUCUAGACCUGGAUGUCAUGCUAACUGAGAAACUCAGCGAACUGGAGGAUUACUUCUCCCACCAAGGACUGGAAGACUAAGCACAGUCUUUCUAUAUACUGAUAUCAAUACAAUUAGCUUGGAGGGGAAAGCCACUCAUACAUUGUUACAUUCACUUUGUUUUUCACUCCUCUGUUUUGGUCUUCUUUUAAGUGAGUAGUGCGUUGUUGCUGCAUAUAUGGGUAUCCCUUCUGAGAAAGUUAGUUAGUAAAUUAAGCUUUAUCAGAGAAGAGGAAACAGUUCCAUGUAGGAUCACCUUGAAAUAAUGUGCUUUUGUAUCAGUUAUACGUUCCAGCUAUGCUAUAACAGAACAUAAACCUAAAUUUACAUCUUAUGUUCAGCUAAUGUUAGAAUUUCUUUCUGCUCCAUGACCAUAAAAAAUAAAAUAAAAUUUGUAUUUUGGAUUAAUGUCAGACUUAAUUAACUGAAUGAAAACAAGGUAAAAGCCACUGAGCUUCUGAUGUUUUUCAUUAGGAUAAUACAAUAAUUAAUUUCCAGUUAAGAAAAUAUAUAUAUAGUAUAUUUCAUUUCAUAAGUUCAGUUAUUGUGGAAAGUGAUCUCCCUGUUUCAUCCUGGAAUGGGGAACCAUGCACAGAUACCAGCCAUAGUAAUAGAGCUGUGUCUGCAGUUAAAAGCACAUUGUAGUCAUCCAUUGCACCUAAGCACUCAAAGCAAGCUUUCCCACAUGCCUACCAUUUCACCCUGUCCACUUCAAACAGUUAACACACCCUUCAGUAAAACAGCAUAUAAUAAGAUGUGAUAAAGCAGUUCACAUGAGUGUAUAACUUGAAGGGAAUAUGCUUAAAGGCAUUUGACAUCCUGUGUUGCUCUUGGGAUUUCAUUGCUGCUCUAAGGUUGAGGUUUUCCUAAUCAUUAAUUGAGUGGACAUUACUACUCUGUCCUUACUGACUACUGCCAUGUCAGUUUACUCCAUGACAAACACUGAGAAGCUGUUCCAAAGAAUACUGUUUACUGUGAGUAGCCUACUAGAACUUUAUUUUUAAUCUACAUUUGCCAAGCAUUGUUUAUUUGGUGUUUUGACUGUUUUGCUUUAUAGUUCUUGCUUUUAGAUUUUUUUUUUCUUUCUCCCCCUUUUAAUCUACUUUUCCACUCGGUAUUGGAAAACGCUGCCUCCUCAAUACUAUUCUACUAUAGUCUACUGUUGGACAUAGAUAUACCUACAAGUACAUGUUCAAGCUCAACUUUCCUUAUAAUUUAUUGGAUAAUUGUCAUUGACCAUUUUGCUGGUACUUGUCUUCUUUUUUUUUUUACAUUCAAGUAUCAACAUUAUAAUGGUACUUCCAGCUGUAUAUGUUUUUGUUUGCAUCUUUGCAUAUUGUGUGUGUUAAUAUUGUCAUAGUGAAAUUAAGCUGCUACACCCUGUGAUGGUUAUUUUUACACAGUGACUUGAAAUGUUGUGUAUAGUUUUUCUGCUUAGUGCAAAUACUGUUGACAUUGAAACACAUUAUGUGGACAUUAUA